AUAUCAAUCAAGAAAAAGAAAUGAGUUGGUUAUUAGGAGACUCGAUGUUCACUGUCUCAAGCUGUGUGUGUGUGUUCCUUGUAAUUCUCUUAGCUCUCAUCAGGAUCUUUCGCAAAGUAUGGUGGGUUCCAAAUCGCAUACAGAAAUUCAUGGGUCUGCAAGGAAUACAUGGCCCUGCUUACAGACUUGUCCAUGGAAGCACCAAAGAAAUCAUGAGCAUGAAAAAGGAAGCUAUGAGCAGGCCAAGAAACAUGUCACAUGACAUAUUCCCUACAGUUCAACCUCAUACUCACCAAUGGACCAAAAUAUAUGGGAAGAAUUUUCUUCAAUGGCAAGGUACUCAACCUCAGUUGCUCAUUGCGGAACCUGAGUUGAGCAAAGAGAUACUAAACAACAAAGAUAGGCUCUUUCGAAAACAGAAGUCCCAAGGCUAUGUGAAGAAGCUAUUUGGAGAAAGUAUUUCCAUGGCAGAAGGUGAAAAAUGGGUCAAGUUAAGAAAGCUGGCCAACCAUGCCUUCCAUGGAGAGAGCUUAAAAGGUAUGGUUCCUGAUAUGAUAACUAGCACUGAGACAAUGCUUCAAAGGUGGAAAAAUCAUGAAGGCAAGGAGAUCGAGGUGUUUGAAGAAUUUAGGUUGUUGACUUCAGAAGUGAUUUCAAGGUCCGCAUUUGGCAGCAGCUACUUAGAAGGGAAGAGAAUUUUUGAUAUGUUGAUGGAGUUGACCUCUGUUAUAUUCCAAAAUGCUCUCAGGCCCAGGUUUCCUGGCAUCAGUAUGUUUUACAAAACCAGUGCUGAGAUCAGAGCGGACAAGCUUGAGAAGGGAAUACGUGACACCAUAGCCGAGAUUGUUAAGAAAAGAGAAAACAAGGCCAUGAAAGGAGAAGCAGACGAGUUUGGGAGUGAUUUUCUUGGAGUACUUCUGAAGGCUCAUCAUGAUACCAAUGAAAACCAGAGGAUUUCGUUCGAUGACAUUGUUGAUGAGUGCAAAACGUUUUACUUUGCUGGACAAGAAACCACUAAUGCUCUGCUUGCUUGGACUGUCUUUCUCCUGGCACUCCAUCCGGAUUGGCAAGAGGAAGCAAGAAAGGAAGUCCUACAAUUAUUUGGUCAACAAACUCCAACUCUUGAUGGCAUUUCCAAACUGAAAACGAUGAGUAUGAUCAUCAACGAGUCUCUAAGGUUAUAUCCUCCGGUUGUUUCCCUAAAUAGGCAAGUUGAAAAGAAUGUUAAGCUGGGAGGGCUCGUUAUUCCGGCUAAUGCUGAAUUGCACGUCCCGAAUCUUGCAUUUCAUCAUGAUCCUAAAUUCUGGGGAGAAGACGUGAACCUUUUCAAACCAGAGAGAUUCUCAGAAGGGGUUGCUAAAGCGACUAAAAGUAACACGGUCGCCUUCUUACCCUUUGGAUUGGGACCUCGAACAUGUGUGGGCAUGAACUUCGCAAACGCAGAAGUAAAGAUUGCUCUGGCAAUGAUUCUACAGCGCUACAGCUUCACCCUUUCCCCUGGUUAUGUCCACUCACCAAUUCAGUAUAUGACAGUUCGGCCACACCGUGGAGUUCAAGUCAUACUGCACUCACUGUGAAACGUGAAGACCAAAAUUCAUUAAUUUCAGUAAAUGUUGCAUUUAAUUUCUCCCCUCCCCUCCCACUGGUUAUGGUAGCUUUUUUUAUUUUUAAGCAAAGACGAAAUAAUAAAUGGAAUGAUAUCUUCUUUUUUUGGGGGGUAAA